AUGGCCACGCUGUACGCGCGACCGAGCCAGCUGCGGGCCAACCUCCUCUACGGGCCCUUCUCCUCGACCCGUUUCUUCUCCCAACACCACCACCGCCCGCGCUUCUCCGACCGCCUGCGGUUCGCCCUCAAAAACUCCAAAGUGCAGUGGUACCAGAUCCCCGUGGGGGUCGGCAUCGGCUUCCUGGGUCUCGUCCAGUUCUACAAGGUUUCGUCGCGCGACCGAGAGAGCCAGGAGAGGAGCGAGGUCCAGGAUGCGCCACCCAAGAAGCGCGCAAAGAUCAGGCCAGACGGCCCAUGGCAGGUCCAGGUCAUGUCGACGCUGCCCCUCAAGGCCAUCUCGAGGCUCUGGGGCCGCUUCAACGAGCUGACGAUCCCCUACUACCUCCGCGUCCCCGGUUUCAAGCUCUACUCUUGGGUUUUCGGUGUCAACCUGAACGAAGUCGCCGAGCCCGACCUCCACGUGUACCCGAACCUCGCCUCCUUCUUCUACCGCACCCUGAAGCCCGGCGCCCGUCCCCUCGACCCGAACCCCCACGCCCUGCUCUCCCCGUCCGACGGCAAGGUCCUGCAGUUUGGCCAGAUUCAGGGCGGCGACAUUGAGCAGGUCAAGGGCAUGACGUACAGCGUCGACGCGCUCCUCGGAAAGAACACCCCCAGCUCCAGCGUUGCCAGCGGAUGGACCACGCCCCAGGAGGCCGAGCAGAACGUGUCGGAGGAGGAGGACCUGGUCAAGACGGACGAGGAGUUUGCCCGAGUGAACGGCAUCUCCUACACCGUGCCCAGCCUGCUGUCCGGCGCCGCAAUGUCCCAGCGGGUCGGCUCCCUCAAGGACGAGGCCGCCGAGCCCCCCUCGCCGUCUGCCGUCUCCGAGGUCCGCGCCGACCUCGCCCUCGGCGAGAAGCCUUGGUACCAGCUGCUGUCCCCCGAGAACAAGACCUCCCUCUACUACGCCGUCAUCUACCUCGCCCCCGGGGACUACCACCGCUUCCACUCCCCGACGAACUGGGUCGUCGAGCGCCGCCGCCACUUCGCCGGCGAGCUCUACAGCGUCUCCCCCUACCUCCAGCGCACCCUGCCCGGCCUCUUCACCCUCAACGAGCGCGUCGUCCUGCUCGGCCGCUGGCGCUACGGCUUCUUCAGCUACGUCCCCGUCGGCGCCACCAACGUCGGCUCCAUCAAGGUCAACUUCGACCGCGAGCUGCGCACCAACAGCCUGACCACCGACACGGCCGCCGACCGCGCCGCCGAGGAGGCCGCCAAGCGCGGCGAGCCGUACCUCGGUUUCGCCGAGGCCACCUACGCGUCCGCGAGCAGGGUCCUCGGCGGUCACGCGCUGCGCAGAGGAGAGGAGAUGGGCGGCUUCCAGCUCGGCAGCACGAUUGUGCUGGUGUUUGAGGCGCCCACGGAGGGCAAGACGGCAGAGGGCAAGAACAGCGGCUGGAGAUGGGCCGUCGAAAAGGGCCACACGGUCAAGAUGGGCCAGGCGUUGGGAUACAUUGACGAAGAAUAA